UAAAAAUAAGUAUGACAUGGACAGAUGCUCAGAGUUACUGUAGAGAGAGAUACACUGAUCUGGCUACUGUAGACUCGAUGGAUGAUGUGAACAGGAUGAUAGAUUUAGUGAAUGAAACGGAUGGGUACAAAGGAUCAGUAUGGAUUGGACUGCAGAAGGCAGCACAGAAGCGUUGGGUUUGGUCAAAUGGAGAAGAUACCAUUUCACAGUACAAUGCAUGGGACAUAUUAGAACCCUAUGGAAGUGGAGAUUGUGUUUUAAAUUACUAUAAUGCUUGGUACGAUGGGGAGUGUGAAAACUCCAGACGUUUUGCGUGUUACAAUGCAAGUACUGGAUAUGUCAAAAUAAAUUAUUUGAAAAACUGGACAGAUGCUCAGAGUUACUGCAGACAGCAUUACACUGAUCUGGCCACUGUCCAAAACUCUCAAGAGCAGCAACAGCUACAUGCAGUUCUUGGAAAUUCUCCUAGCUUCUGGAUCGGUCUGUACUCAGACUCUUGGCAGUGGUCUGAUCAGUGGAACCUCACCUUUAAAAACUGGGCAGCAGGACAUCCAUUGGGGAAAUAUGGUAACUGUGUUGCUAUGUCAACAACUGACUCUGGGAAAUGGGUUCGAUACAGCUGUGACCAAAAGCACUAUUUCAUCUGCAAUGGAGCUAAUAGACAGAUUGUCAGACUGAACUUCUCCAGUGAUGGGAAACAAAAUUUGAAAGAUCCUUCGGUACAGGAUUCCAUUCUUUAUGAGAUAAAUAUAAAGCUGAAGAGCCUUGGACUGGAGAACGCACAGAUAAACUGGAGAAAGGAUGAAGAUGGAGAGGUGUUUCAUCUGAAUGAACAGAGAGUUAAUUCAAGUACUCCAUGUGAUAUACAACCCUGA